UCGUUUGUCUGUGUGCCUCUUUUUGCCAGGUACCCGCAAGUGUGUGAUUUCCGUCGCGCCCCCACCCUCUCGGCCAUGGGGGUCCCCAAGAGGAAGGCCCGGGGCGGCCAGGCUUCCUCCGCGGGCGCAGCCAAGCGGGCCCGCAAGGAAGAGCUCACGGGCGUGCGGUUCAAGGCUCAGCUGAGGGACCCGCAGGACACCGGGCCAGCCCUGGAAGCAUUUGUCUCUGCUGCCAAGAAGCUACCACGAGAAGACAUGUACGAUGUUGUGGAAGGUUAUAUAAAGAUUUCUGUUGAGUGUGCUGAAAUUUUCCAGCUCCUGAGUGGAGAGAAGCGGCCUGAAAGUGAAAUGCUAUUAAUAUUUCAAGUUUUCGAGGCCAUAUUGUUGAGGACAGCAAGUGAUCUUUCACAUUUUCAUGUGGUGGGAACCAACAUUGUGAAAAAGCUGAUGAACAACCACAUGAAGCUCAUCUGCGAGGCCCUGUAUGCCUCGGGGUACAGGUUGGCACGAGCCUGCCUGAACCUGAUGGCCGCCAUGGUGACCCAGGGUCCCGAAGCUGCCAGGGAUGUCUGCAGCCAUUUUGAUUUGAAUAAAAAGACAUUGUAUGCCCUGGCGACCAAGAGGGAUUCAAAGGGGGUGCACGAUGUUCGGCUGGCCUACAUUCAGUUUGCCCUCUCCUUUUUAAUCACUGGCGAUGACAGCACUAUAGUGCAAGUGUUGGAAGUGAAAGAGUUUAUUCCUUGCAUUUUUAGCUCAGGCAUAAAGGAAGAUAGGAUUUCUACUAUCAAUAUUUUGUUAUCCACACUGAAAACAAAGGUGGUUCACAAUCAAAAUAUCACAAAAACCCAGAAGGUGCGUUUCUUUACUGGGCAGUUAUUGAACCACAUAGCAUCUCUCUACAGCUGGAAUGGGACUGCCGAUGUGAACCCAGAAAACGUCAAGGUUUCUGCUGAAGAUGCAGGGAAAAGCAUGGUGAGGGAGCUCGUUCAUAACUUCCUGAUGGAUCUUUGCUGUUCACUCAAGCAUGGAAUUAAUUUUUAUGAUGCAUCUUUUGGUACCUUCGGCAGGGGAGGAAACCUGACACUCUUGCACUUCUUGUUGGGUUUGAAAACUGCCGCAGACGAUGAGCUGGUGGCUGAGCUGGUGGUGAACAUCCUUAAAGUGUGCCCAGACUUACUGAACAAGUAUUUUAAGGAAGUAACGUUUUCUUUUCUCCCACGAGAGAAGUCCACUUGGUUAAAUAACAUCAAACUUCUAAACAAGAUCUAUGAGGCCCAGCCGGAGAUUUCCCGGGCAUUUCAGACCAGAGAGUUUAUCCCCUUGCCUCGGCUCCUGGCAAUGGUGAUGGUGACCACUGUGCCCCUGGUGUGCAAUAAGAUCAUGUUCACCCAAGCAUUAAAUCUGGACAGCAAAUCAGUGAAGCACACAGCUUUGUCCCUUAUUUCUGUCAUUUUGAAGAGAGCAUUAAAAACAGUUGACUACUGCCUGAAUAAAGACGUGUGGCAAGAAUCAGGCGUGUACACGGCUGUGAUGAUGGAAGAAUUUGUGCAGCUGUUGAGAGAAGCCUUGAGCAAGAUUUUGCCAGACCUGAACACUAUCGUGUGGGUGUGGCAGUCACUCAAAAAGCAAGAGACCAAACAGGAUGAUGAGAAGGGGAAGAAAAGGGGUGACAAGCCCCUGGCUGCCCAUGUGGCUCCCCAGUGCGAUGAUGCAGAAACCAUUCUUUUGAAAGCCGUUCUGCUCCAGGUCAUAUGUCUCUACCAGAAGGUGGUCCCGCACGUGGUCAUGCAGUACAACUUUGACUUCAGCAAGCUCCUGAAAGGCGUCAUCUCCGAGCAGAGCCUUCGAGAGGAGGUGCCGCCCAUUCUGCAGCACCACAUGCUAAAGGUGGCCCUGGAACUGCCCGCCAGCAAGUUUUUGUGGUUAAAGGCACAGGAAGGCCCAGAUGCAGAAAUUAUUGGAGGCGAGCGGUCAGUGUUUUACUUACUGAUGAAAAUGUUUGUGACCAGUAGUCAUUCACAGCUGAAGUCAUCAACCAAACUUCUGAUCAUGAAGAUUCUUCGGGACACAGGGGUGUUUGAGCACACCUGGAAGGAGCUGGAGCUGUGGCUGGAGCACUUAGACGGCACCGUGGAAGAGAACAAAGAGACUGUGAUUCAGUUUCUGGAACGUAUUUUAUUGACAUUGGUGGCGAAUCCCUAUUCAUACACAGACAAAGCAUCCGACUAUGUCCAAGAAGCAAGCACCCUGCAGGCCACUGCGAUGAAGCAAGAUGCUGAUGACGUCAGCAUUCCCAUCUCCCACAUCGAUGAUGUGCUCGACAUGGUGGACGUCCUCGUGGAGGGCAGCGAAGGCUUGGAUGAGGAAAUUGGGUUUUUGUUAAAUGAAGACAUGAUCCUGCUCACGUUCCCAUUCAGUGCUGUGGUCCCUGCGGCCCUGGAAGCCAGGAAUAAAUUGCUCCUUGGGACAGAAAAUGAAGCAGUGGAAAGCGUCGUGGCGUAUCUGACAGCGGUGCUGACCGACCUCCUCCACACUCAGAGGGACCCCCUCGCUCUGUGUCUUCUGCUCCAGGCUUAUGACAAGUUUGAGUCUCCCAGCCCACCUUGCUGCCAUCAGCUCUCCCAGUUUAACAGAUACUACAGCCUCUGGAUCCCGGAGCAAGCCCUAGAGGCCUGGCCGCUCCAGGUGGCGGGCAGCGCCGCAUGCCCUGCUCCUCCCUCGGCCGCCUCCUUCGCCACCCUGCUGCAGACGGCCUACGAGAGCCAGACGCUCCGGGAUGAGCACGUCCAGACGCAGUUGCAGGCCGCCAUCCCGCGCCUCCCCAUGCACCAGAUCCUGCGCGCGGUGAAGCAGGUGCUGCUCUACCUCAGGAGCACUGUGGAGAACUUCAGCCAGCUGGGCCGGAGUGCCGGCCCCCCACUCCUGCAGCUCUUCUUGGAUCUCCUCCGGCGCCUGGUUGUCCACUGUGAGCAGCUGGAUACCCAGAACCGGCAGGAAUUAGAGGCCGCCCAGGCCGAAUCCGACCUCUUUUUGGACAUGAAGUCCGUGGCCUCGCUGGAGUUGGCCAGUGACCAGACGCUGGAGGAGGUGCUGGUGGCCAUCCUCAGACACCCUACGCUGGAGGGCUGGUUCCUGGCCCUGGAGCAGCAGGCCCUCCCCCCCCACACCCUCAGCCCCAUCCUUGUGAAGCUCCUGGCUGCUCACUUCAGUGCAGGGGUCCUUCAGCUGCUGACAGUGAGCGCCCCGAUUCUCCAGAACAUCAAGCAGCUGGGCCUCUUGGCCAGGUACUCAGAGGCCAUCACCCAAAGCGUGUUGAAAGAGCUGCGGAGCAGGAGGGCGGGCCCGGCACCGUCAUUGCGGAAGACCCUGCCACAGCUGGAGGCCCUGCGGGAGCUGCACCCGUACAUGGAGGGCACCCAGCUCCGAGAAGUCACCCUGGCCCUGCUGAGCCUGCCCGAGACCCACCUGGUGACCCAGCAACCCACAAAGUCGCCCGGGAAAAAGAGACACCUGAGUGCUCUUGGGAAGAGCCUGGUGCAGCUGUUCAGCGGCCCCCAGGAUCAGCUGCAGGGCGGCAAGCUCCUGUGGUCCUCCGAGUACGUGAGAGGCCUGGGGGCUCUGCUCCCUGUGCUGGCCAUGGGCGAGCUGGACACCGUCCUCCUCCACACUCUGCAGGGAGACCCCAUGCUGGCCCCCGCAGUCGGGGUCGACCUGCUGGACUACUGCCUGGCCCGGCGGACACAGGCGGCCCUCGGCAUUGCUGCCCUGCUCCUUCAGCACAGCUGUACCCACCUGCUGUGGUUUGAGCGGUGGUGCCUACAGGCUGGCCCGGGGCUUGGCCGGCAGGAGGACCUGGACGACUUCCUCCCCCUCAUCCACUCCUACCUCCAGUGCAGGACUCUCAGCCAGUUCACGCGCCCAGCAGGAGUGUGCGCCGCUGUCAUUCCUGUCUUGAGGAAGGCCCUGUGGAGACGGCUGCAGAACAGGCUUCUCAGCGCAGAUGGUCCCCCAGAGUCCGGGUUGCAUGAGGAAGUCCUGGCCCAGCUGGUCCCAUUUGCAAGAGCCAAGGAUCUCAGUGUUCUCAUGGGCCACCUGCCCAGCGUGCUGCACGCUCCGGACAGUCACAAGAGGUGGAUCGUGGCAGACUGUGUCUCAGCAGCCCUGGCAGGGUCAGCAGAAGAGCUGCGUGCCUGGAGAAGGACCCUUUUGGAGUCCUGUAUAAAGUGGCUGACUGUGUCCUUCAGUGGUGGCCAGCAAGAUGAUGACGAUACUCAGGACCAGGAGAAACAAAUGCUGCUCAGAUUAGAUGAGCUGUUGCAUGCACUUAGUGAAGUUGAUCCUGCUGAUUGGCAGAAAUUUGUGAAGACAGGACUCAAGUUUCGGUAUCAGGACCACACGUUUUUAAAGACCCUCCAUGCUGCCAUACAGCUCCUGUACCGCCCAGAAAGCUCCACGAGCAUAAAGCUCAUCCCACUCCCAGUGGUCCACAUGAUGCUCACCCAGCAUUCUCUGUUUCUGCCGACUCUGCUGAAGUCUGAAGAGGGGGACAACCCAGACAGUCAAGUAAAAGAAGCGCUGGUGGACCUGAUGUCAGCGGUGGUGAGGCUGUGCCCCUCCGUCUGUGAGAGCAGCCACUUUGCGGUGCUUCUUGGGGCCUACAGUGCCACUCUCAGCGUCUUGGACCAGAAGAUUUUACUUCUGCUCCGGGCAUAUGAGCACAACAAGCUCAGCCUCAUCAACUUCAGGGUGCUACUGUGGGGCCCAGCGGCCGUGGAGCAUCACAAGACGUGCCGGAGCCUGGGCAAGUCGCUGUGGCAGCAGCCAAGCGUCGGGGACAUCCUCCGCCUGCUGGAUCGGGACCGGAUGCUGCAGACCAUCCUGCACUUCCCCCAGAACCGGAGGCUGCUGCCGCCUGAGGAUGCACAGGAGCUGAUAUUCAAAGACAAGAGCGCGGUGGAUCUCGACGGCCUGUACGACCCCUGCUUUCUCCUUCAGCUAUUCAGUGAGCUGACCCGGCCAGAAUUUGUGGUGGAUUGUCGGAAAUUUUUGGAUUCCAAUGCUCUGGGCCUGACUGUCGCAGCCCUCAGCAGCUAUGACCCCCAGAUGCGUGCCGCGGCCUACUGUGUCCUGGCGGCCUACUACUCACACCUGGAGGGGGCACGGUUCCGAGAGCAGUCUCAGCUCCUUUACCUGUUGGAUGUAGUCCGGAAUGGGAUUCGAACUCAGAACAUGAGACUCACUUUUACCUUGGCUCUCUUCAUUGCCAAAGCAGCCUUGCAGAUUUUGAAACCAGAGGAGCACAUGUACUUGAAGAUCAGCAAGUUCCUGCUAUCACAUGAGUAUUUGCAUAUGGACAAAGUGCCGGGCUUCUACCAGUUCUUCUACAGCUCCGACUUCGAGCAAAAGACGGAGCAGGAGUGGGUGCUUGGCGUUCUGCGGCAGGGGAUCCGUGACAAGCACUGCUACGAGCUGUACACGCGGCGUGGCGUUUUUCACAUCAUCCUGUCCUUCUUCCACAGCCCUUUGUGUGACGAAGGGGCGCAGAAUUGUAUUCUGGAAAUUCUACAGAAUGCUGCCCAGGUUGCCAAAUCUGCCUAUGAAAUCAUACGGGACUAUAGCCUUUUAACGUGGAUCUUACACAUCCUUGAGAGCAAGUUUCUAGAGACUCCGCUGCUGUCCAACGUGAUCUCCUUGCUGCAUGCACUGUGGGUGACCAACCUGGGGGACAGAGGAGUGGAGUGGGAGAGCCAGCCUCCCGGCCAGCCCGGUCCCCGGGAGCCCCCCAAGCUGCUCGCCCUGCACCUGGUCAAUGAGUUCCUUUAUGUUCUUGUCAUACUCAUGAAGCACCUGAGGCCCGCCUUGGCCUCCACCCAGCUGAUCGCCUUCUUCGGGACUCUUGACUCAGUGCUGAGGUACAGGGCUACCGUCAUACAGGCCUUCAAGGACAUGAACCGAUUCACCGUGAAUGAGACGGUGCUCUCCACCAAGGACGUCCUUGUCCUCUUGCACAAGUGGAGCCUCAUUGAAAGAGACAUCAAGCUUCAAGAAGAGCUGAGAGCAGCCAUUGAGAAGUGCCAAGUCAGGGAGCUGACGAAAAUGCUAAAGGAUAAGAACAAGCCUGUCAUGACAGCCCGAGCCAAAGGCCCACGGGGCCGAAAGAGGAGGCCUCGGGAGGCAGAGGAAACGGCCGACCCUGGGCUGCAGGCGUCCAGCUUGGAGACGUGCAAGGGCCUCCUGAGGUCCAUACUGACUCACUGGGGGCCGGCGAUCCCCAACCCUGAACCUGCUCAGGACCUCGCAGACUGGGCCAGCCCCGAGAGUGAGGCACCAGGUGCUAUGGACACCGCCGCUUCCCUGGCGGUCAGCUGGGUGCUGCAGUCUGUGGCCGACCACCCGCUCAGCAGGGCAGAGGCUGCAGGACUCCUCGGCUGGCUUAAGAGCCACAUUUUGCCACACCGGGUGGUCGUGGCUGACCUUCUCAGGGACAGCGCCGUGAGGAGCAGCAUAUUCAGGCUGUAUAGCCGGCUCUGUGGUGCUGAGGGGCUGGCGGGGCCUGCGCAGGAUGUGGCCUGCCUGUUCAACGCGGUCAUGCUGCAGCUGGUGGCCGCCCAGGGCCGGGCGGGGAGCCCCUUCCACCCCGCGGUGGAGGCCCUCUCCCUCUCCUCUCUGAGCGAGAAGGAGGGAGCCACGCGAGCCUCUGCGGCCUUCCUGGUGUCUCUGUACGUGAAGGACGUCUGGCUGGGGGCCCAGCGGCCAGACACCCUCCUGGCCCACGUGCGAAUGGUCUGCGACGCUGCGGAGGAUGUGCCCGGCGGUGGGCAGGAGGCCAUCGCUGUGCUCUGCAGGGACCUCGCUGCCGCAGCCUCGGACGCGUAGCUCCCUGCUGGCUGCGGACUCAGCCUGGUGACCAGCGCCUGGAGCACCAGCUGCUGGAAGUCUGGUGUGGUCAGGGGUUUCUGGGGAAGGUGUGUGAAAUGACAGGUUCAGUACACGGCCUCCGUUCUCUGACAGGAAGCGUUGAGAAGACUUUGUUUAACCAACCAGUGAAUGAUAAAUUCAGGGGACUGUGUACAGCACAGAGCCGCGAUGAGGGGGGCACUUCCGGCAGGUUAGGUGAGAGCCUCCCUCUCUUGUUCUUCAAAGAAGUGUCUCAAGUUGAGGCGGUACAGUCCUUCUGAGUGCAGACGGGAUUCGUGGACGGUAAAGCUAAAAUGUCAAACAGUAUGUCUGAUAUGUUUUGAUGAGCACAGAGAGAUGUGUAAGUUUUUUUUCUAAAAAGUUGUAACAAAGCUUAGUGUGACUUUUUGAAUAAAUUAG